AUGGAGCUGUACCUCAGCGCCUGCUCCAAGGCUGCCAGCGACGCGGCCACCAAGACGGCCUGCAGCAGCCUGGCGGCGGACAGCCAGCGAUGCGGAGACGGCGUGCACAAAACCCACCUACGAGGGGUCGGAGCGGGUCAACUCCUGGAUCUGCCUCUCGGGGUCAAGCUGCCUGUGAUCCCGGGGAGCAACACUUUAUACUAUACCACGAAGAUAAGUGAAAAGCUUUUUCGACCUUCUUACGGUUUCAACCUGAAUGAUCCUUAUUGUCGACUUUUGGAAAACCAAUAUAAAAGUCUCCAUGAUCCACAUUUAAGAGAAUACUAUAAGCGCAAAGAUAUUCUGAGAAGAUUAAAGAAAGGUGGCUAUAUCACCAGCAAUAAUAAAAUUGUAUGUACCUUGAGGGAAUUGAAUAAGUACAGGCAAUAUCUUACCAGUAUAAAAUUAGACUUUGAAAGAAACUAUAUAAGAGAUCAAGAAAUGCUUGCAAAGCAAGUAUAUAGACUACAUGAAAACAAUCAAAUACCUGGACGUUCUGAUGUUGCACAGUUCCAAAACUGGUUGUUACAGGAAGGCACCCAAUCUAUGAAGGACCAGGAACAAUUAAUAAGGCACAGAUAUUUGGAUAUGAUAAGUAGGGAAUUAGAACAACUUGAGCGCACAGCAGAAGAGCAACGCCUACUCCGGAUGGACAGAGAAGAAAGACAACAGCGAGAAUACACCAGAAGAAAACUUAGCCUUCGUAGAAAAAUUGAAGAGGAAUGGAAGACAAAGGAGAUGCUACUCCUGACAAGGAUUGGAGAAGACGUUAAAAGAGAAGCCAGGAUAGAGGAACAACGGCGUAGAAGCAGAGAAGAGAGUGACAGGAAGAAACAGGCCCUUAUAGAGAAAAAAAUGGCUUACCAUUUACAAAAAAUGCAAAAAAGUAGCUUUAAAGGAGAAGAGAUGAGGAACGACACGUUUCAUUAUAGAGGACAAGAUGGAAGAUACUGUGAACCGUAUUCUCUAAAGAAGAAAAAGAAGAUUUAUGACAACAUGAACUUAGUUUACCCUGUUGGUGACCAGAGAGCAAAUAAAGGAGUAAAUGGACCUACAGCGAAUGUCAUUUAUCAAUGUCUAAGUACUUCAAAGAGUGUUAACAAAAAAACAUCAAAUCCAGCUGGUCUGUCAGAUGUACAAGUUAAUGGUACUGGACAAAAGAAAGAGAAAAUAACUAGAAAAUCAAGUAAUUUUGAUGAUAGAGGAAAUGUACACAUCUCAGCUCAAAAUUCAGUUGUUUCACCUCAAACUUCCCCCACAAGAAAUUGUCCAAAAUCUUCACCGUCUUACUUGGAUCCUCCAAAAGAUGAGAAGGGGAUAACUGCUGACUGUAAUGGAAGAUUAAACAAGAGCUCAAGCUACCUCUGUGAAUCAGGACCUCCAGUUCAUGCCUCAGCUCAGGGUACUUUCCCUUCCCGUGUUUUCUCAAAUACAGACCAGAACCUCCUAGAAAAUUGCUUGCAAGAGAAAGUAACCUCUGAAGAACUGAAUAGUAUAAUUCAGAAUAUAAUGACCUGGGUUGUAGCUACAGUGACCAGUAUAUUAUACCCAGCCAUCACAAAGUAUGAAGAAAGAUUGCGAAAUAAGGCAUAUCCAGUGUCUGAGGACUCCAUCCUCUCUUCAGACAGCUCAAGUUUCUGCAGCACAUGCAGUGAAGAGUUUACAUAUGGAAGCUACACAUCUGCCACAACUCAAACAUUUCCUAGAGAGCCCUGUGCAUUUGCAGUUGACAUAUCAGUAAGGCGACCAACCACACCCUUAAAACCACCGUCUGCUCACGUGGAAAGAACAAUUGUGGGUAAAACAUAUGACGUGAAAGGACAAUCUAUAACAUCUGAACUCAAAUAUAAUAAAACCAGUAUGAUAUAUGCAUAUCCUAAGGUCAGAACUUGUAAAUCUGAUAGUCACCUCCUGACAUCACUUGAAAGAUGCACCAAAAUAUCUAAGGACGCCACCACUGAAACAGAUGGCUUAGAGAGUCCACUGUUUCCUGAUCAAAAAGCAAAAGCCACGAAUGAAAUGAAGAAUUUAAAGAAUGUUUUUGUUAACUUUAAAUGUCACUUAAAAGGGGAAACUGAAUUGAUUUUAGAAAGUAUUUUUCAAGAAAUAAUGUCUGAUUUAACACAGGCCAUUCCUUCUCUUUCUUCUGUUACUGCUGAAGUUUUUGUUGACCAAAGUGAACCGGAAAAAGAAGACUUGCUCUCCAAUAUUGAUAUCUGCUCAGCAGCCUCAGAGAUUGUAGAGAAUAUGCUUGAGAAGCUACAGUCUGCAGUUGAGAAAAAAUGUGUUGAGAUAUUUUCCCCAGAAGAUCUGUCAGUUGACAUUAAACCAGGUUUACCACUCAGUAGGGAAUAUCUCAGUCCAUCGAAUGCAAAAUCUUUAAAAGCUUCACUGCCUUACAAUUUGGAACCCAUGUGUGAUAUUGCUGAGGAUAUGGUACAUGCCAUUUUAGAAAAGCUGAUGGCUCUUGCAUCUUGUAAGCAAAAUGAACUUCCUCGUCUUGAAGAUACAACCAAACUUUCUGACCAGCAACCUAUGACAGACCCAACAUGCACGUCCCUCAAAAGAGCCAGCAAAAAGAAACCUAGUCCUGAACCUGAUGCAGCUACUUUAAUUGUUAAAGAUCAGAUACAAAAUUUAAUAUCAAAUAUUUUUUCUCAGUCCUCUUUGGUUGGAUAUAUAGAGGAAGCAAUCAGUACUAUACUAGGAUUUGUACAAACUGAACUUAAUAGCGAGAGGCUUAUUGCAUCUGAAGAAACCAUAGUCCUCCUUCAGCUCCUUGAUGACGCCUUCACUCAGCUACAUCAGGAGCCAGUAAAGGCAGAUGCCCAAAAAUGUAGGCACUCUAGACUACAAAAUCCUCCUGACACUGAAGAAAAGUACAGACUCACUGGCACAAGAUUAUCUAACGGUCCUAGGUCUAAAAGAUCCUUUCCACCUAUUAAUGUUCCUGGCAUGGUCCUUUAUUCUGAAGAUGAUAAUGAAGAAAUCGACAAAAUUGUGAAAAAUGUACUCGAUUCAUCUUUCAGAGAUGAAAAGCCAAAAUCACAGGCACAAAUUCCUGAGAAUCAGUUUACAAAAGGCAACACCUGUUUUGAAUAUAAAAAAAAUAGCAAACCACCUACAAAGGCUGCUUCUGGAAGAAGCAAAGUUGAAUUUUGUGAGAGGGGAUUAAAGACUGAGCUACCAUCUUUUAAUGAUAAAGAAAUUCUAAAGGAAAAACCCUGUUUGAAUAGGGACAUGUUGAUUUUCAGCCAAGAUGAAAAGCAUCACAUACAAAAGGCUUCAGAAAACAUAGUUAAAAGUAUUUUAACAGAAAUGCUCAAGGACUUAGCUUCUGUUCCUGGCCACUUAGACAGUAAAACUGGCCAAGAAGCCUCAGUUCUUGUUUCAGGAAAAUCUCAAGGUCUGUCGCAUCAAGAACGGACGGACCAGAUGAUCUCUGUGUCAGAAAUUAGUGCGGUGGCUCAAGAAAUAACAGAUGCUGUGCUAAAUAUACUCCAAAAGGCUUCAAGUUGCAUUCUCAAUACCACCAGAGGUUCCAUUUCAUCAUCAGUUCAAACAUCCCUAGGUAGUUCUGAUACUCCACACACGGUCGAAGGAGCACCAAAUAAAAAGCCAUUAAAAAUAUGGUUUGGCAGUGAAAAGAAAGUGAAAUAUUUAUCUUCAUUCAAUGUAGAUCCUGCAAAGCCUUCUCCGUUAAAAUCUGAAAAAAGUGAACCUCAACCUGUAGGUGACGUUACUGAUAAGAUCAUCAGUACAAUUUUUAAAAGGCUGAAGUUAUUCAUUUGUCAAAAAUUACAAAUGGGCUUCACACCUUCAGUUGUGGAGCAAACUUCAUUAAAAUCUCAACUUAGUGGUUACACAACUAAAGUGGUAAACAUUGUUUUGCGUGCUAUCCAGAAUGAACUAGAACUCAAUAAGAGAAGCCUAAAUCAUAGGGAACUGGACCCUGCCAAAUCCCUUACAGGUAAAGGACUUUUUGAUGACACUGAUAAAUUAGAAUCUCUGGUCUCAAAUCUCAGUGAUGACAUUAUGGAAUCUCCAUUAUUAACUUGUAUUUAUGAAAUGUUAUCAAGUGGGCUUUGUGACCAAAGCAGUAUAUCACUUCCUGCAGAGAAGCCAAAGCCUGCAACUUCAUAUGGAUCUGACAUUAUUGAUAAACAAGAUGUUUUGCCAAGUAGGCAGGAUAAAAAAUCUUUUCACAGAUUUUUGGCUACUCCAUGCGCUCUCCAUAGUGUUGUAAAUGGAAAAGAUCCCAAAGACAAUGCUAGAUUGCAAGUGUUAGACAGCAUUGGGGAGGCACUAUAUGAAAUGUUAUGUACGCUCAUAGCAACCCAUUCUCAGCAUCAGCCACCUUGUAGUAAACCAAACAGAGAAAAGAAUGAAAAUUCCCAAAUGGCUGCUACAUUAAAGUCCAAUAUUCAGCACAUUUCCAAAACAAUUUUGGAAUACAUCCUUGCAAAAUUAUGUAGUGUUGAUACGGAUACCAGCUUUGCAAGUUCUGGAUUUAAAGCUGUCUCAGAGUCUCUUGAUAUUGACAACCUAUCAUUUGCUUCGAUUAUUGAGGAAAUGGCCAAAUGUACUGACAUAAUCUCUGGCAUAAUUUCCAGGAUGAUUCAGGAGGGUCCUAAACAGGUGACAAAAAGCAAAGCAAAAACUAUCACGCCUGCGUCUUCCAAAACAGGAAGCACAAAAGAAACACCUCCCAAUGAACUGAAAGCUAUAGCUUUAGAUAUUCUUAAUAUGGUUUUUGCUAAACUGGAAGGGUUUGCUAAUGGAAAUUUAGAAACUCUGGGGUCUCUUAAUGAUGGAAAUGAAGAAAGCAGUAAGAGAGCCUUGGAAUGGGAAAGUCCCAGUAUUUUCACAGGCACACAUGAGGAACUGCUGCAGUCUGCUUUAUACACGAAUGCAAAGAGGAUAUCUAGUACUAUUUUGAAAGCUAUUCAAACGGAACUGAAUGUGAACUCAUUAGAUUUGAAGACAAGUGUAAAUACCCCAACACCCGAGAAACAAAUGCUUAAGAAUAUAGUCGAUUUAAUUUUAGAUGCAGUAUCCUCGGAUAUGUUCAAUGAGACUGAAUCUGAAGAGGGAGGCACUGAAACUUAUCGAUACAGGCCAACCUGUGGAAAUUCGCUUCCUGGAGGAGCUGAAUCAGAUUCAUUUCUAGAAGAUGCCUCAUGUACAAAGAAAGAAUUCACUGGGGAGAGAACACUAGUAAGAGAAGAAGAUAAAUCAGAUUCUCUUAAACAAUGGGUUCUAGAAAGAACCUUAAACAAAAUUGAAGUGAAACUCAAAGACCCACAGAAAUCUCCAAUUGUCCCCAUUAUAAGAAAUAUUUUGAAUGAAAUUUUUCAAAACACUUUGGUCAGUCAAUUAAAUGUGCUUUCUCUCUCCCAUUGUCAUUUAAGUAGCAUCGCUCACGAUGUUGAUGAGCCAAUUCCUCAAACAUCUGUUCAGUUUAUAGAUAAAAUGAUGGGUCCUAUAGUGUCUGAAGCAGACGUAAUCAUAGUGGCAGACGAUGUUGUUAGAACUGUAUUUCAUAAACUUUUCUCAGCCGCCAUGCUGGAAAGAAAUGCAAGUGAAAAUAGGUAUAAAACCAUCACCUUUAGAGCAAAUGUUUCUUUACAUGAACACACCCAUGGAAGGAAGUCCUCUGUUAGCGUGCUAGAUAAGAACCCGUGUACUCUUACGUCCAGACUCAAUGAUGACAAACAGGCCAAAGUAAACAUAGUUGAAGAUAUUGUACAGGCAAUAUUAACAAACUUAGAGACUUUUGCUACUUCCAAAGUAAGAUCUCUCUUUUGUCCCCAAAUCAACUUCACAGUCCCAAUGGCUUUCCCUACUCAGGAUGAAAGUGCAUUAAGCAAGGCAUUAUCAGCCAAAGAUUUGUAUUCUGGUGAUCAACUGUCCACUUGCUCAGUGGAUCAUAUGACAUCAGAAGAGACCAACUCAGUGUGUCAACUCCCUUUAAAUAAAUUAAAUACAUAUGCAACAGAGGUGGCUAGAAAAAUUUUACAAGGCAUCAAACAUGAGUUAGAUAAAGAAAGGGAAAGUCCCUUCUUAACUCAUAACAUUGUGGUUAUUGAGAGCGUUGCGAGUCACAUUGUUAACACAGUGUUAGAUAUCGUAUCAUCUAAAGGCAAGUGUGGCAAAAACAAUUCCGAGAAAGAGAGCAAUUCAGGUCAACAAGAAGGAAUCAUUGAAAAGCUGUUUAAUAAGACCGAAUAUAGGAAAGUACUUCAGUUUCAAAUACAAGAUAUCAUUGAAGGCAUCUUAUGUGAUAUUUAUGAAAAAACCUUGUAUCAAAAUCAUCUCUCAUGUGCCACAGCCACUCUGAAGUGUAGCACAGCUGGGAAACAUUCCGGAGCAGAUUCUGAAACGGUCACUGAGGAGGCGAAUAAGAUUAUUCCAAGACUUUCAGUUCCCAAAUCGGAUGUCAUUUUGAUAUCUAAUGACAUGGUCAAUAUUGUUCUUCAUAAUCUCAGCUCUGCUGUCCUACUCAGCAUAAAUGCAAAGAAUCCUACUUCUGCAAGACUGCCCCUGAACUUCUGUGACAUAUUUUCACAAGCAGAGUGUCAACAGCCUCCUCUUAUGGGGUCAACAAGUGAAAGAAAAACAGAGUAUUUGCCACCCUCAGGAAGUCUGAAAUCCGCUUAUGCUGAUGAUUGUCAGAUAACUGCAGUAGAGAAAGAAGAUGCCAAAAAAUCUGCUCCUGACCCGAGUGAGGAAAAUGCUAACUUCAUUACUAAAACUGUUUUCAAUCGGUUAGAAGCUUUUACCACAGAAAGAAUAGACUCAUUAAUUACUGUUGCUUUCCAGGCUAACGAAGAGUCCAUUGCUAGCCUAGAACUGGAAAAUUAUAAACGAGACGAUAGCGCCUGUCAUGAAUCAAGCCAAGUCGAAUCAAAUGUGGACGUCCUUAAAGUAUCCACUAAAACUAUCCUUGGCCUUGAGCUCACAGAUUCCACUUUUGCAAGUUACAGAGAAAAUCUUCGGUCCACAAUUCAUCUACCACAAGGUUGUCUUAAGGAAUAUGCUGACAUCAUUACCAGUGCCAUAUUGAGACUUAUUAAAAGUGACCUAGACUCAGAAAUUCAAAAGAUGUAUUCAUACCCAAACAACAUUUCAUUCCAAGAAAAUAUCAUCGUGAGUGGAAUUGUCAACAGUAUCUUAGAGAAUUUAUAUGACAAAAGAUCUGCUAAGGAAAUCAGUGUUUACUCAAAAGACAAUCCUAAGUCAUUUUCACCACUAACUGUACCAAAUGAAAUGUGGCUGGGACAAAGAGAGCAGGAGAAAGACAAACUACCUCGGGUUUCAAUAUAUCCGUUGGAACAAAACCAAAUGACAUUGGAAAAAGAAAGCCAGGGAACUGUUUUGGAAGAAAUAUUUAUGAGAAAUGGAGAAUCAAAGCAAAAAGAAAAGACAGUAUUGCUCAGUGCAGUGGAAGACGUUUUAACUCAAGUGCAUCAAAGAAUAAUAGAAAUCAUUGGCCAUUUGUCUCCAUUUAAUGAAAUCCCCCACGUAGUAUCUAAUUCUAAAAUUAGAACAUUAGGCAUAACACAGAAAAACCUCUUUCAGUCACAGAUUAGCAGCACAGCAAAUGACGUGGUUGAAAGUGUUUUUGGGAAAAUGUACUCUAUAGUUGUUAUCUCAUUAAACAAAAGUAACAGACAAGUAGAAGGAUCUGACAACAACGAUACGUUGUCUAAGAAAGUGGCAUGCGCCAAAGAAACCAAACAAACAGGAAAAAGAAGUAAUGCCACCAGAUAUGUGAUACCACAGGUUUAUUGUUAUGCAGGCAGUCAAAAUGUGUCUCUAUUAGAAAACAAAUGUUUGCAGUACUCCCCGUCGCAAGUGGGGAAGGAUUUAGUCCAAAUGGUUCUUAAUAAGAUCAUAAAUUUUGCCUCAAUUCAUCUAGAAGACACUUUUUCUAAAGUGAGCUUUAAGGGCAGCCCUAAACCAGAUUUUAAAACGAGUUUAAAAGCAAGACCAAAAGCUACUCCUUUGUCUAAAUUUAGAACGAAAUCACACCUAGGACCUGGUGGUACUAAGGUCAAAGGCAAGACCAGGUUGGGUGCUAGAGAAAAGACUCCAAGAGACAGCCAGUCCAAGACCUCCACUAAGCGGUCGCACUCCCUAUCAGCAGGAGAUGCCAAAAACUUACUGGACAUGAAACUGCCUACCUCAGAACUAAAAAUGUACGCCAAGGAUAUAAUAAGUACCAUCCUGGCAACAAUUGUGAAAGCAUUUGAGAAGGUGAAGCAAACCAGAACAAUGAUGAAUGUUGAAGCUUUACCGUCCGAUCAAAUCAUGGCAGCCAAUGAAACAGUUAAUAUGGUUUUGCAAGAAUUAUAUGCUACAAGUAACCACGAUUUGGCUUAUCCAAUCAAGUUCUCACACGUGGAACACCUCAAACUUUCACAAGGGCAUUUUGAUGCGGAGUACCUUGCCAAACCACAGGCGUGUUUUUACUUGGAAAAUGUUUCUUCACAGCUAGAACAGAUUUUUCCUAAAGAAGGUAUAUUUAAAAAAAUGUUUGACAAAUGGCAAGCGGAAUCAAAUGACAUAGAAAAUGAAAAGUAUAAGCUAAUGACGAUAGCUGAAAAUGUCUUGACUGAAAUUCCAAUAAAAGCAAAAGAAUUAGAAUAUUCCCUCUCGCUUUUAAGUUUGCCGCAACUUGAGGAUUGUGAAAGCAGGUGCUAUAGUCAUUUUAAAGGAACUUCUACUAGACUUGAAGAUACCAAAGCGCAAAUUAAUAUAUUUGGAAGAGAAAUUGUAGAAAUGCUGUUUGAAAAAUUACAGCUGUGUUUUUUGUCCCAGGUGUCGCCCCCAGAUAGCAAAGAAACUCUAGCAAGUAGGAAAGAAUACAGUCGUACCAGAAGUAAACAUGAUUUGCCGAUCAAGGACAUCCUCAGCAGUGCACCGGCAUAUAACACAAAGACAAUAGACCAGAUUUCUUUGGGCUCCAGCAACCAAAUUGUCCGAGAAAUUGUAGAAAGGGUUUUAAACAUUUUGGAGUCCUUUGUCGACUUGCAGUUUAAAUAUAUCUCUAAAUAUGAGUUUUCUGAAAUAGUGAAAAUGCCUAUAGAAAACUUUUUUCCCGCCCAACAGAGCCUAUUAAGCAAAAAGAUGUUGCCAAAACUGCAACCGCUUAAAAAGUUUUCUGAUGAACCCAGUUCAAAUACUGUUGCUUCUAAGGAAAACAUACAGGAUACCCUUCUACAGCUCCACUCGUUCCAUUCAGAAUUAUUUACAUAUGCUAUUAAUAUUGUCAGUGACAUGCUCAGUACAAUUAAGAACAAGCUAGACAAAGAAAUAAGUCAAGCGGAACCAUCCUCCAUUAGCACAUUGAAAGAGACCGUCAUAGCAAGUGAGAUCAUUGGCACACUGAUGGACCAGUGUACUCAUAUCAAUAAUCUUCCGAAGGGAAGGUGGUACCAAGGAGCAGAAAAUAGCUAUGUUGCUAAUCAGCUUGAGUUAGCAACUAAUAUGAAAAUGCCCACAUCGAAGUUGAAGGAAGUUCGUUUUGGGGAUAAUCCUUUGCAAAUCAUACCUGGUGACGUGUGUCAUUCAGAGGAAAAUAUGAAAAGAAAGUACAGAGCUUCAUCAAACUUACCCUCAUAUGCCAGAGCGUCUAUAGAAGAUACAAUUAAAGGCUCAGAGCCAAUGGAAAGGCUUGAUUCAGAAAAUACAGUGUCGUGUUUUAAAAACAAGGUACAAGACUACAGCCCAAGGGACUCAAACUUUGGCCAUUUUGACCAAACCGUGCGAGGAAGUAGCUCUCUCCCUGAAGCCAGUGUCUUACAAAGACUGUUUAAGAAAGCAAAUGAGUCCACAGAGACAGCAUUAAAGCAAGUCGUGUCAUUCAUAGAAAUAGGAAAAGGUGAAAACCCAAGAGUGUUUCACUAUGAAACUCUCAAACCAGUUGAGCCAAGCCAAAUUCAGACAAAUGUUUCUCCACUCAAAAUAUGUUUAGCUGCAGAAAAUAUUGUCAAUACUGUGCUGUCCAGCUCUGGCUUUCCAAGUCAACCACACAUUAAUGAAAAAAACAUGGAAACAAUGAAACCAAUUUUCAUAUCAAAUCAAAACCCUUUGUCUGUUAUAUCUGAAGGACAAAAGAAUGAGGAGAAGAGUUUGCUUAGAACGUGGGAUAAAAAAGUCAGCUAUCUACCGGAAGAAGAAGAAAAAAGAGCUGAAGCCAGCUGGGGAGAUUUUUCUUUAUUGCAAAAAUGGGAAAGUCAGAGAUACCCAAGAAGAAAGAGUCUGAAGGAAGUUAAAGCCAUCGCUUUUGCUGAUCAUGAGCUGGGUCCAAAAGAAAUUCAUUUGGUAGCAAGACAUAUCACCACAUCUGUGGUCACAUAUUUCAAGAACUUUGAAACUAGAGCUUCCAGUGAAGAGAAGGUGUCUAUUAUCUCUACAUUGUCAAGUAAAAAAUGUGACUCAGAACAGCCUCUAAGAAGUAUCUACAAUGAUUCUUCACUUAAUCAGUUUUGCGACCAUCUCACUGAGUCUGUUAUUUGCCGUUUAACUUCAAGCAUUUCUGGUAACAUCAAAGAUAGUAGAGCCAAAGGGAAAACAUUGGAAAGCCAAAUUGCAUCAUUUAACAAGAUUAUUUCAAUUGAUUCUCAAAUGUUUGAAAGCAGGUCAAUUUCUAUUGGGGAACUUGCUCUAAGUAUUUCCAAUACCAUUACUGAAAUCCUUUUAAAGAGUAACAUUAUAGAGGUUGACACCGCACUGCAAAUGUUUCCUUUAGAAACAAAGUACGUUUACUGCCCGGGAGUAGCUCCUGAUGACUUUGAUAAUCUCUUUCAAGAUCUCUUAACAGGAGUGAUUCAUGUAAUGUCCAAAGAAAUUGGAAUAAACCAUCACCUUGAAAGCAAUGGCAGAAAAUCAUUUUCCAUGCUUAGAAGAAAUAGGGUGACUGUUUGCAAUGAAACAAAUACCAUGGAAGGACAGAAAGGCUCCAAAGAUUGGGAAUCAUCUAAUUACCAAAUUGAUCCUCUCCUUCAAAAAAGUAAAUUAAAUUAUCUGGCACGUAAGUUAGACAAUCUGGCUGGUACCCUAAAAACUCAUGAAUCCAAAGAAGUAGUCAAUAAAGUUUUUAAUAUUGUUUUAGAUUUAUUUUUACCAGAUGAACAUCCAGAUGACGUUAUGAAUUCUGGUAAAACAGCAGGAACAUUUUACUCAUCCUCAAAUGAUCAGCAAAGUAACGGCAUUCUUGAAAAUAACUUAGGCCUCACCCCCAAAUCAGUUUUUCUUCUCAAUGUCGUGUGUGAGAAACUUAUCAGAACACUUUUGGAAAAAUGCACAAACACGGUUUCUCUCGAUAAUAGCCCUCUAUCCAAUGAAAUAUCAACAGAAGAAUAUAAACUUUUAAAAACACUGCAAAAUGUAGACGAAGAAUUUGAUUAUUGUAAGGGAGCAAUGGACUGUGAACAAAAUCAGGAUUAUAUGUCAAACUUUUUAGAAAAUCUGGCAGAAAUAGAUCAAGAUUUAUUAUCAUCAGACUCUAUGCUUACUAUUAUUUCCCACAACUUGGUUAAAUCACUGAUGGAGAAACUACAUCACAGCGUACAGCUCCCCCAAACCCCACCUUUUGCAUGCACAAGAAGAGAGAUGCAGGCUAGUUUCAUAAAGGCAAACAGGCCAGAAUUAACAGAAUUAGGACAAGGUAAAGCCUUUUUAGGAUUCAUGAGUUAUGAUGGUAAUGCUUUGACGGAUUCCCUGAAUAAUCCCACUGGGGUUAGCUCCAAAAUACAAGCACCACUUGGCAAGAAAUGUUCAGUAAAUUCUACUUUUGUGUCUCCUCUCAAGAGACAGGGAUCAAAUGAUAUGGAGACAAUACCCAUCCAUAAUAAACUAUAUCCAGGAGAUAUAAAUACAGGUGUGUACUCGGCCAUAUUUUUGGAGGAAAUAAUUUCUGAACUAUUUUUUAAUCUCUCUACUUCACUGUGGGGCAAAAAUGAAAUCACUGAGGGCCGACUCAAUGAGAUGAAUACAUUAUUUGUCAACAACAUAGUGAAAGAGUUUAAUAAAGCACAGGUCGCUGUUUUACGGAAAGUUGAAGAAAGGCUGUGUUUUCCACCAAUCCAUGAGGAAACUAUUAGUAGAAUUGUUGACUCCGUUUAUUGUGAUGUUUUUCAGCAAUAUAAAUUGCGAGUGACCUGUGAUGAUGAUCUAGCAUGUGACAAUACCUCACUAGCAGAACAAAUAACUAAUGGCAUAUUGUUAGAGAUUCUAGACUACCAACUCCCAUCUUGCUUCAGAGGACAGCUCGCACUAAAUUCAUAUUACCCUCUCCAAGCUGAAAUUAUAUUGCAGAAACUUCAUAAUAAACUGAGAAAAUUUACUUCCUCAUUCAGUUCUUCAACAGGCUACAGUACCAUGUUGUCCCAUUCAUUUUUAGAAGAUAUCAUCCGAAGACUUUUAUCUCUACUCAUUCCUUUACCCAACAAGGCUUCCUCUUUGGGAAACAAAUAUUUCAUGAGUGCCGAUUUCAAUGAAAUGUCUACUUGUAUAAUAAAUAAGGUUAUAUCAGCCAUUUCAAAACAUAAAAUUUUGUUCACUAUAUAUGAUAAUCGGUAUCUAUGUACUGGAAAAAAUCUCCAGAAGAUGGUGGAUUCUGUUUAUAGUAAUAUCAUGCAAAUGUCUGGCUCUCUUGUUUCGAUACAGAAAAGUAUAGUCAGCCGAAGCCCAAUUAUGAUUAACCGAAUAGCCAGUUUUAUUAUCCAAGAGAUUGUUGAUAAUCAUCUUCAGCCAUUCUUGUGUGGAGAAGGUUUACCUCGUCCGAAGAUUCCAUUGGAUGCAGUAUCAAAUAUGGUUAAGCAGGUUCUCAAUGAAGUCACAGAGUCACACAGACUCCAGACACCAUCACCCUUAGGAAUAUAUCCUGAUACAUUUGUAGGGGAAAUUGUUUCCAGACUUUUAUCAAGGAUUUUCAGUCCAAAACAUAACACUGAAAUUGAACUAGAAAAUAUGACCCAGAAAAUAGUAAACUCAAUCAAUAGCCAUUUUAACAAAGCUAAAAUUCAUUUUCUAUAUGAUGACAAAGAACAGCCUUACACUUCAAUAAGUACAGAUAUUGUGGACCAACUUGUCACCUCGAUUUAUAGAAAUGUUUUAAAACAGCAUGGGCUAGACUCUGAAGUUGAUAAAGAGUCUGAAGGCAGUGAUAUUUUUGUGGAAAAUAUUACCAAUUUAAUUGUAGCAGCUAUUUCAGAUUACCUUCUUCAUCCACUAUUUUCUGGGGAUUUGUCAUCAUCUUCCCAUUCUAUUCCAAUGGCUGAGAAUAUUGUUCAGGACAUUCUUAGUAACAUCAGUAAAUCUAACAAGUCAAGUCAGAGUUUAUCUCCAUAUAACACCUUGCUGCCAUACACGUUUUUAGAUGACAUGAUAAGAGUACUGCUAUCUAGAAUCUUUCCAUCUGCAUCUAGCAGUAUUCUAGACAGAGAAGCUCCAAAAGACAGAUCAAGAGUGAAUUUCAAUGAAAUUGCUUCAAAGAUAAUCAGCGAUAUUAGGAUGAAAAUUUCCCAACAUGAAAUACGAUUUUCAAAAAAUGAAGAGACUAAGUUUGUUUAUUCAGAAGAUGAUGUUCAGAAUCUCGUUGAUUCAGUAUUCAAAAAUAUUUCACAAAACUCUGAGUCUCAAGAACCAGUUGAGCAAAAUAUCACAGGCAGCAAUGAUAUUAUUAUUGAUAGAAUAGCAGGGUUUAUCAUUAAACAUAUCUGUCACCAACAUCUUCAGCCAUUUGUGGAUGGAAAGUUAUCACCUUCUUCAUCAUACACAUAUUUUGAUGAUGAAAGAAAGCAGUGGUUUUAUGCCACUGUUUAUUCCUCAGCUUUCUUGGAAGAUGUAGUCUCAGGGGUUUUAAGCAAAAUAUUCCACAGGGUGUUAGGCAUUGUGCAAACAAAAUCAGUAAGAGAUUCAGAAGAUGAACUGUUUGAUAAAGCUGAAAAACUCAUAGACUUGAUAGCAGAGGAAUUCCCAAAAUUUGAAGCUAGCAUUCUAGAAAAUGCUGAGGAACAAUUGUGUUUGCCUCCAGUGGAGAGAGAUGUAGUCAAGAACAUUAUUGACACGGUGUACAGCAAACUUCUGCAAGAAUAUGAGAUGGAAAUAAUGCCUGAUGAAGAUUUUCUGAAUGACACAAAGACAUUAGCUACAAGGAUGACCAAAAUCAUCCUCGCUGAAACUUCUAAUUUCCAAAUUCAUCCAAACCUUAUAGGAAAGCUUCCUUUUACAUCACACUCCAAACUCAAUACUAAUGUUUUGAUGAAGAGAGUUCAAUGUUACAUUACCAAAUCCAGAUUUCAAAGGCAGGCAUCAACAGUAUAUACUACCAUGUUAUCACAUACCCAUUUGGAAAAAAUUGUCACUCAACUUCUAUCUCAGAUGGGUCCAUUGGCCACCAGGACAGAACACCCAGAUACUUCUCAAUCAGACUUAAGUAACACAGUCAUAAAAUUGAUAAAUGAGAUCAUGUCGAUAAUUUCAAAACAUGCAAUAUGUAUUAUUAAACAUGGAAAUGGGAAACAAAGUAUGAUUUCAGAAAAAGAUAUCCAGUCCAUGGUUGAUUCCAUUUAUGCCGAUCUUUCAUAUUCAGAUCUAUACCAAUCUCUUACAAAAGAUAAAAAAGGAAUAAGUAAUAUACCUGUUUCAAAAAUAGCAAGUUUUAUUAUAAAAGAAAUCUUUAACCACCAUCUUCAGUCAUUUUUAUCUGCAGAUAAAACUCUUCUUUCACCUGCAGUUGAUCAAACACAUAAACAGAAAGCAAUAGAUCCUAAACAAAGAGAGUUGUCUUUCAUUGUGAAUUCGGCUUUCUUUUUGGAGGAAGUAAUUUCUGAGCUCUUAUGUAAACUCCUCUAUGCAUUCUCACAUAAUUUAUUGGCUGCUGAAAACCUAGAUACAGUAAAAGCCAAAAUUACUGGCAUUGUUACAACACUAGUAAAUUCAAUUGUUCUGGAGUUUACCACAUCAGAGAUUUUAGUUGCAGAUAACUUUGAUGCUGAUAUGUGUUUUUCAGAAGGAUAUAGAGAAAUUGUUCAAAAAACAGUCAACCUAAUUUAUGAAAAAAUUUUAGAUGAAUAUAAAUCUCUGAUCCAAGUAUACAGGGCUCUACAAAGUGACACUGUUUGUUUUGGAAGAAAAAUAUAUCACUUGCUAUUGGAGCAAAUUUAUGACUAUCAGGUGCAAUCACUAGUUUCAGGAGAACUAGUGUCUUCUUCUUUUUCUUCCCCUCAAGCUGAUAAUAUCAUUAGAAAUGUGCUCAAUGUCAUCACAAAUGACCGCCAUACCUUGCCGUCAUGUAUUACUGUGCUGCCUCGUUCCCUUUUGGAAGAUUUGAUUUACAAGCUGCUCGUGCAUAUCUUCCCCUCAUCCAACAGUGACAGCGAGCUAAAAGAGGAAGAAGUUACAUCAGAUUGUGAGUUUGUAGAUGCAACUUCAAAGCUGACAGAGGAAAUUAUCAAAGAAAUAUCUGAACAUGAGGUCCGUCUCGCCGCAGCAGAAGAGCAUGCUGAAAGUAUGCAAUUAGAAGUGAUUGAGAAUUUGGUUGACUCUAUAUGUAAUAACAUUUUGAAAAAAUCUGAAUUUCAAGCUGAAGUACAGAAAGGUUCAGACAAAAAGGAAGGCUCGUUCCUCAGUAAAAUAGCUGGAUUCAUCAUGAAGGAAAUCAUGGAUCAUCAUCUGCAGCCAUUUUUACAUGGUGAAGAAUCAUCUUCCAGGGCCAUAUCUGAUCAUGGGCGUAUGUCUGUACUUAGUAAACCUGGUAAAGAAAAAACACAGCCCACCCUAUAUUCAGCUACAUUUUUGGAAGAUGUAAUCGUUGACCUUGUUCAUAAAUUUUAUUCCCGUCCCAGUAUUACUGAAGAUUCUAAGAAAAAAGAAGUGCUAGAGCCAGACAUUGUGGGCUUAGCUAUAAAGUUCGCAAAUUCUCUGAUAGGAGAAUUUAGGAAGAGUAAAAUUAAAGUUCUACCAAAAGCCGAGGAAAUGUUUUCUUUUCCACCAAUUGAUAAAGAAACCGUUGACAAGAUAUCCAAUUUUGUGUAUGACCAGUUCAUAGGAAAGUACGGAUCUAGUGAUAUUCAGACAGAUGAUAAAAGUAACAUUGUAAUAGAAACGAUUGCUGCUUUAGCUCAGAAGGCAAUCUCUGCUUUCAAGAUUCAACCACUUUUUUCAGGAGACUGGUCUUCCACCUUCUUUUCAUUUCUAAAUCCGGAUAAUAUCACCCAAAGGGUUCAGCACCUACCACCGCAAACCUCUACACAGAUAAACAGAUCCUUGAAAGGAAACGAACUUGCUUUGCCAAAGCAAUCGCAUAAACACACUUCUGUAACCACAGACCAGAAAAAUGUGUCGGACACUUUGGAAACAGACAGCGGUGCAAUAACUAGAAAGAAAAGUCUCAAAACCGAAAAGACAUCAAUGAAAAAAGGUGACGUCCAAGAUACAGUAGUUAACUCUAUAACGAGAAUUAUGGAAAGCAAUGUGAUUAACGUGUUAUCCAUGCCAGCUGCAAGCACGGCAAAUAAAAAGAAAGGGACAGAAAAUAAAACAGAAGUUCCAGGUAAUGAGAAUGUAUCAGGAGUUGCUUCUCUAACUACUAGUGUGAAAAAUAAAGCUAGGCCAGAGCCCGAUUUGAUGGUAACUCUUGAAAGUAAUGAAAUUGAGAAGACGAGCAUAUCAGCUACAAAAGAUGAGAAGAGACAAGAUAAUAAGGUACACACGCAGUCUCCAGUAGCUACUAUGAUAGUAUAUGAGGGGGAAAAACUUGGACCAAAUGUUGAAAUAAGAAAUGAAGAGAAGAUUGACAAAAUAAGUGUAGAUACAUUUAAAAAGGAAGACAAGCCCUUCCAGUUAUCUGUGACAUCCAAAGCAAGAAAUACAAGGACCAAACCAGAAGGUGGUUUGAAAACAGUUACCCAAAGGCCAAACAAUGAGGAUGGAAAAGACCCUGCAUAUCAAAAAGAUGUGAAUGAGGAACAAUACUCAGAUUAUGAAUAUGUUCAAAAUGUCACCGAAAACAUUUAUAACAAUAUUUUAGAACUAUAUCAUUCCGCAGAAUCAGCAGAGUAUUCAAAACCCCCAAGUCUCGUAAUUGAUGCAACAUCACAUGUAAUUCAAGACGUUGGUCAAAAUUUUACACAGUCUGUUUCAACAAGGGAUUCAUCCCUCUCAAUUAACAAAAAUCUCCUGGUCAAAGAGAAAGAAGAUAAAGACCAACAGAGAAAUAAAGAGAGAGAGAAAGAGAGCGAGAGAGAGAAAUGGAAAAAAAUAGAAAAAGUGAAAAGUAAGGAGAUUAAAAGUGAACCUAGUAAAUCAGACAGUCCUCACUACCCACCAAAAAGUAAGCCUGGAAUUGUUCCCGCUAAAUUUUUAGAAGAUGUUAUCACCGAAAUGGUUAACAAAUUGAUCUUUUCUUCCUCAUCAGAAACACAAAUAUGUAAUGGAUACCAAAAUGUAAGUGAUGAUGAAAAUCAAGCUGAACUUUAUGACACAGCUCUGAAACUUAUGGACUCACUGUUAAAGGCAUUUUCAGAUGCUCAAAUUAAGGUAUUUAGGCCACAUGAGGAAAAUCAGUUUUUUCCACCCGCCGAUAAAGUGUCCUCAGUUCCUAAAGCACCUCCUAGGCAUAAAAAGCCAACUGCAGAGGAAACAUCAUCCAACAUUAAGAAAAUGACUGGGGAUAAAAUGCCACACAUGCACAAAAUGACUGAAAAACCUUCAUCAAAUAAGAUACCUUUCCUAGAUAAAAUACAAGUAAUUGAUAAAACGCUGGUCAACAAAGUUGUUCAUUCUUCUGUAUGCAAUAUCUUGAAGGAAUAUAAAUCUCAAGACUCCAUUUGUAAGAAUAUAAAGAGCAAUGGCGAAAAUUUAGCAAGAAGACUAACCAGUGCAGUGAUAAAUGAAAUUUUUCAACAUCAGCUUAAUUUCAUAUUUUGUGAUGAGGUUCUGGCGUCAGCAUGUUUGCCUCUGGAAUCUAAGGAUGUUGUUAGAAAGAUCCAAAAGGUGGCACACACAGCCAGCAAAGAAUGUCAAACAUCAUCGCCAUACACUGUCAUGCUGCCUCACAAAUUUUUGGGGAACGUGAUUUCUGCGCUUUUAUGGAAAAUUUUCUCAACAGUCUCCGACGCUGGAGUAGAAACAUCUGAGUACAACUGGUUCACAAAACUGGAUUUCCUUCAAAUGAAACUAUUAAAUACAGUUACAACAGCAAUCUCCAAAGAUAAAGAUAUGACCAUACAAUAUGUAGAAUCCUUACAUCCCAAUGAUGAUGAAAUUAUUCAAUUAGUGAUUCAUUCUAUUUAUAAUAAUCUCUUGUCACAGUUUGGAUCACAAGAGGUAAUACAAAAUUGUGUGGCCAGCAGAUGCAGAAUCCUUUCAGAAACCAUAGUGGACUUAGUCCUGCAAGAAGUGUCCGGCAACCAAUUGCAAAACUAUUUUUCUGGAGAGCUGACUCCUCAUCAGUGCACAGAAGUUGACAAAGUCGUUGAAAAUAUUCUUAAAGAUGUCAUCCAGACGGCUGAUGUUCCCCAGCCUCAACCGUCACGUGUUCAUAUCCUGCCUUAUAACAUAGUAGAAGAAAUUACCGUAAAAUUUUUAUCAAAGCUUUUAUCUAUGUUUCCAAAUGUGGAUGAGGAAAGAACCAAAUCUCUAGAAACUGGCAUGCAAAAAAUAAGCUCAAAAAUAUUGAAUUCAAUACAAGAAUUUAUGUCCAAAAGUAUGAUAAAACUUGUGCCACCAGCCAAAGAAUUGCCUACUGUACCUUUAGCUAACAACGAAAUUAUCGAAAAAGUGGUUAAUUCUGUGUACGCCAGUGUUUUAAAGCACUCUGGCUCUCACACUUCUGUAUUUAAAGAUUUGAUGGGUAGGAGCAAUGUCCUCUCUGAUGUAAUAGGCCUUUUAAUGGUGAAGGAAAUUUCCAAUUCUGAAUUUCAACCUCCAGUAGAGGACAAAGUAUCAAGUUCGGAAUUAGUUCUGGAAGCUGUCAAAAUUAUAGAAAAAGUGCUCAAAAUUGUUGAUGAGUUUAAGUCCGGGGAAAAGUCUUCAUCCAAAAAACAUCCUAUGCUAGACGCCAGGCUUUUAGAGGAAGCACUGGCCUUGUUCUUGGCUAAAAUAGUAAGGUUGCAAAGUAUCUCAUGCAAAGAUGCAAAAAAAGUAUCAAAGCCUGAGUUAAACAAAAUUGUAUCCCAACUGAUGAAAUCUGUGACAGCUGAAAUUUCCCAGAGUAACAUUAAUCUUGUUGCUGCUGAUCCUGAAUAUCUUUUAAAUUCAGAAAGUAUAGAAAUGAUUUCUCAGGUUAUUGAUUCUGUUUAUAGUAACGUACUGCAACAAUCUGGAACCCAGGAGGAACUUUAUGAUGAUCUAAAAGGUACAAACACUGUUUUCCCUAAAAAAGUGGCUAGUUUAAUUAUUAAUGGAGUUUCACAUCUUCCAGAAGAUGCAGUUAGUGGAAAGAAUCCAAAUGCUAAACGCUUUGGAAAUCUAGAUGUUAAUAGAAUUAUUCAAAAGGCCCAAAAGCAUGCUGCUAUUGAUAUAACGCAUGAGUUACAGGAAGACGAGUCCUAUCAAGAUUCAACUGAAAAUUUUCCGAUCAGAAUCGUUCCUCAUAUUGGGAAUAAAGCAAUGAAUAUAGAUCCAGAAAUUAUCUCAGAUCACUUAGCAGUGAUUUCUGUAAAAACUGAGCCUCUUGAGAAACUCAAGAUGGAGUGUUUAAGAAAAACUGGACAUAGCAUAACUGAACUGCGAAGAGCAUCAAUCAGUGGGAGAAGCUACUCCUUACCAGAUACAUCUAAGGUAGAAAAGAUCAAGAGAGAAAGACGUAUCUCAUUAAAUAGAUUGGGACGACUGGAUGUAAAACCCUUUGAGGCUGUUUGCAGAAAUUCAUUUCAGAAUAUAAGAAAGCCUGAUAUCACCAAGGUAGAGCUUUUAAAAGAUGUUCAGAACAAAAAAGAUCUUAUCAUUCGGUUAGUAGCUCAUGAUAUUUAUCAAGAAGAUUCAGUGAAUACCAUAGAAGAGGGACUAAUGUCUGAAGAUGAGGUUGUUUUGAAAGAGGUUACACAAGAAGGAUCCUUAGAACAAUUUGAAGAUCAAGUGAAAGAAGCCACGAAGCCAGUAGAAAGCACAAGCAGCCUGAAAAAAUUUUUGUCUCUAAGCAAAUGUUGUCAGUCCACAUCCGGUGUAAAUAUUGAAUGUAUUGAAGCAACCUCAGAUCACAUAAUAGAACCUAAGGCGAGAAAAGUUAAAAGAACUAUUGCUGAGCUUGACAUGGCUACGUGCUCAAGAAACAUGACUGAAACAGGCUCUUGGGAGAAAAAGCCACAGAGUAAGAAAGAAGACAAGACUCUUAAUAAUGAACCAACACAUUACUUCAUACAUAGAAUUAUGAGUUCAUCCUCAUACAACCAAGAAGAUCUGAUUUCAUCUGCCAGUGAGACUGAAGAUUUCACCACAGAUUCAAGCAACAAAUUAUUAGAAGGAAAUUCUCAGGAGCAAAGGCCAGAGAAUUCAAACAGUCUUAAGUUUAUCACCAUCUUUGAAGGAAACAAGAAUAUUCAUGGCAGUGGGUAUUCCUCAAAAGAAGUCAUUUCAGAAACUGCCAAGCCUAGUAUUUCCAAACAAGGAUCUAAAAUGCUGGCGAAGGUAUCUUCAGCUCUGUCAAAGGUGUUUUCUCGAACUAACACCAAUAUUUCCAAACCUUCCUCAUCAUCUCACCAGGAUGAGCAUGAAAGCUUUUAUACCUGA